AUGUGGUGUCGAACUCUUGAAAUUUACACUUUUCCCAGAAGUAGAUUGGACUAUGUAAAAAGUCGAGUUUCCAAGAUCCACGAACUUGUUGAGGAGGUACAUGUUUAAAUAUUUCUAUAAUUUGUUUUCUCUAAGUUUUAAGCUUUAAAAUUCUUGCUUUUAUCAGUAAAAUACUCAAAAUAUAAAUAUUUUUCAGGUAACAUCGCCUCCAUACCCAAGGGUAGCACCCACUUACUCUGUUCUGGAUGACAAUGAAACUAUGAAAAUGAGUUUGAUGUUGUUUGUUCCUGUAGAGAGAUCGGUAUGUAUGAAAAGUCAGCCAGCUAAUUAUUAAACAGUUUGUGAUAACAUUUAAUACCUGUGCAGUCUAUCGGCACUAUUAUUGAUUAAAUUCAUACCGUGUACAAUUCAUCAGUUAUAAUAACAUUGCUCUAGUUUGUAGUGAGGCAUAAUUACAAUGCAAUGGACAAAACCAUGCAAAGGAAUUUUCAUGAAGACAUUUCAAAAAGCGCGGGCAUAUUGUCAAAUCGUAAUCAGUUUUAUUUUGUAGGAUGAACUCCAAAUUAUUUUGGAACAAAUGGAAAUGGUAGUUGGGGAAUUAUCUGUCCCUGAUGUUUGCUUUGUUGAGCAGCGGGUGAAAUAUGACGAGACAGAAAGGCCCGAACUUGUUGCCGAAGAAACUAAAAAGGUUGCUUCGGAGUCCCAAUCACCAAGUGAGAACGACGAAACGGAUGUUGGAAAAGAGGUUGAAAUUGAAGAGGAAGAGAGUGACGAGGAAGAUGAUGAAGUUAGAUCACUGGAUAUCGAUGCAGGAAAAUGGGUAAGCUUAGACAUAAAUAUACUGUAUGGUUGAAGCUUAUUGGGGAAAACUUUCAUUUAUGCUUGUUAUUUAAUUAAUUUCCUGUUUAUGGGGGUUAACUAGUUGAAAUUUUUCACUUGUGCUAUCUGCAUGUCACAAAACGUAAAAUGUUUUAUAGUUUUUGUCACAAAUAAUGAAUAAGAAUAAUAGUGUGUAGCAGCAGCAAGCUAACAAACUUUUGUACUUAAGGUGGCUCGAUGCAGUUUUCAAAAACUUCAUGUGUCUAACAGUUUGACAGUGUUAAACGUCGUAUAUUUAGGUUUUAUGCCGCAGAUAUCAGGACGUUCAUCUAUGUUGAUGUUUCGUCUUUCAAAUUAUGUCAGUUUUGGUAACACAUAGUUUGUUGCUAUGGCAACACACGCAUACGAAAUUCACUCUAAAAAAGCCUAUUGCUUCGUGUAGUUGGAAAAAAGCUCGGUGACCCUCAAUUUUUUUUCGUGCAUCAUUUUACUUAGAACAUACACUAACAAUAAGCAAACUGAUAUAAAAAAUUCUGUCAUGGCAAAAUAUUUGUAUUGAGGAAAAUCACAUUUUUGCAUUUUUCAAAAAACUGGCGGGACAAAUUUUUUUUAUAUUUUGCUUAUUGUUGGUGUAUGUUCUGAGUAAAAUAAUGUACGAAAAAAGUUGGGGGUCACCGACCUUUUUUUCCAACUACACAAAGCAAUAGGCUUCUUUAGAGUGAAUUUUGUAUGUGCGUGUUGCCAUAGCAACGAACUAUGUGUUAUCAAAACUGACAUAAUUUGAAAGACGAAACAUCAAAAUAGAUGAACAUCUUGAUAUCUGCAGCAUAAACCUAAAACUACGACGUUUAACACUGUCAAACUGUUAGACCCCUAAAGUUUUUGAAAACUGCAUCGAGCCACCUUAAAUAGACUUCUUUGUAACUGUGGCAAUUGAUACACCAGGCGGAAAUUUUAGUUUAAAGAUAAAGAGCAGAGCCCAGCAAAUAACUUUAAAUCCAAACAUAAUAAAAGUAAAAAAAUUAUUAGCUAACGUUUCGUUGUUUACAAUACAACAUCUUCAGAGCAAUCUAAAUGAAUUUAAAAAACUCAUUAAUAAUUCAGGAGCAAAACACAAAGAAAAAUCAUAAGCGUGUCGUGGUUUUAUAUGUGAUAAAAAAUCACGUUUAGCUUUGAUUUUCUCGGUUUAGUCAAAGUUUAUUUUAAAAAUUACUUCGCCAAUGAACUCGUAUAAGUCGUUUUUAAGCUAUUUAAUGCACUUGUAGUCGUGUUUUAUCACAUAUAAAAGACUCCGCUACGCAUCGUGUUUUAUAUGUGAUAAAACACUCCUACGCGUGCUUUAAAUGGUACUUCAAACACUCAUUAAUAAUUCAUAAGCUUAUUGGCAAAUCAUGUCAACUAUAAUAUGUCACGUGCAGUGGCUUUAAACCUGAUAAAACACUCCUAAUUAGUAUUCUUUAUAUAAAGAAUACUAAUAAGGCAGUAUCUAUUGUUGUCGUGUCCUCAUUAGUAUUUUUUAUAUAAAGAAUACUAAUAAGGCGGUAUAUCUAUUGAAUUUGUAUAGUCGUGUUUGAAGCCGUUUAAUAAACUCGCAGGUCGUGUUUUAUUAGGUCUAAAGCCACUCGCGCUGCGCGCUCGUGGCUUUAAACCAAUAAAACAGUACUUAUUAAGUAGUCACUGAUAAGUUGUUUUUCUUUCUAUUCAUAUGUUCUUUCAAACUAUGUAACCGUUUUUGUAAUAUUAAACCAUUAUUUUGUAAAUAUAUUUUAAAAACUCAUUAAAAAUUCAUGAAGAAAACACAAAGAAAAAUCAUAAGCGUGUCGUAUCUGUAUAUGUGAUAGAGAUUCAUGUUGAUUUACAUAAACUUUAACUUUGAUUUUCUCGGCUUAGACAACGUUUAUUUUUAAAAUUACUUCGCCAAUGAACUCAUAAGAUGAGUCAUUUUUUAAGUUGUUUACAACAUUCGCGUCCGUGUUGUAUCAGAUAUACAAACUCUCGCCUUCGGCUCGAGUUUGUAUAUCUGAUACAACACGGCCGCGAAUGUUGUAAACAUUACUUAAAAAAAUCAUUAAUAAUUAAGUCGUAUCUAUAAUUAAGUCGUAUCUUUAUAUGUGAUAAAAAAUCAUGUUAAUUUACAUAAACUUUAGCUUUGAUUUUCUCGGUUUAGACAAAGUUUAUUUUAAAAAUUACUUCGCUAAUGUUAAUGUACUCAUCAAAAGAUGGGUCGUUUUUUAAGCCAUUUAAAGCACUUGUAGUCGUGUUUUAUCAGAUAUAAAACGCUCGGCUGCGCCUCGCGUUUUAUAUCUGAUAAAACACUCCUACGCGUGCUUUAAAUAGUACAUACCAUACCCUGUAAAUUCAUUUAGAUUGCUCUGAAGAUGUUGUAUUGUAAACAACGAAGCGUUAGCUAAUAAAUUUUUUACUUUUAUUAUGUUUGGAUUUAAAGUUAUUUGCUGGGCUCUGCUCUUUAUCUUUAGACUUCUUUGUCACAAAGUGAGGCAACUGCUUGGAUAAUUUUCAAAUCUUUUUCAAGAUCAAAACGUUCUGGUUAACCAAAUAAGAAACUAAUAGGAUAUGUUGCAUGAGCCUUCUAUCUUUGAUCGUCGAUCUGACUUUCACAUGUUCCUAUUUGAUCUCAGGUGAACAAUAUAUUGAUGUGGAAUAUUAAUAACCUACUGGCUGAGAGUGAGGGCAGUACGGGAAAAUAUUAAACCAAGAUCUUGCCGCUGUCUUGACCGAGCAAUAGUUAGGUCAAUAUAGCAAGACCCAGGUUUGAUAUUUCCCCGUACUGCCCGAACAGUCGAAGACAGCAAGUCUUUUUAUUACAUGACAUUAUAUACGAUUGUUAAAAAAUGAAAAAAGUCAUGCUAGGGCAAAGUACAAAGUCCGAAACAUUUGCAAAAACAAAAGAAACUUAUCUCUUGGUUAUUGUGAAACUACUCUACAGCACAUUUUAGAGAAAACUAACAGCGUUUUGGAAGUAUUUCAAGAGCAAUCUCUAGCUAUUUAGUCAGUUUAAUCAAACACAACAAAUAUGAGAACAAUAAAAUAAAUAAACAGCAUCGACAAGUAUAUUUUUAGUUCGCUUCAUUUCAUAUUUAUGUCUCCUUUUAAAUGAAUAAAAACACACUUUUUCAGAUAAAACUAUAAAUCUGUGGCUGCUAUAAUGGUAUUAAUUUUAUGUCUAUAAUUCCUCCUGGAAGUCCUGGCCAUCUGCAAAUAAAAUUUGCAGAUCUAUGUUCAAAAUACAACUAUUUCUGACUGCUUUAACAGUAAAAACAUUGUCGUCUAGCUACGGCCUUGCUUACACUGUCUCAUUUUUUAGGUGAAAGCAAAACGGGAUUGCCCAGUUUGUGGACAGAGCAAAAGUAACAUUGUUAGCCAUCUACAAAGAGUGCACAAAAAGACCCACCGUGAUGCCCUCAAUUUAUCGCAGAGCAUGAGAAAGACUAAAGCAAGCACCAAAAAUGUUUUGGACCGAGUGCCAUGUCCAAUUGAAACUUGCAACAAACCAGUGAAAAGACUUGACAAGCAUCUAAAAACUGUGCAUAAACUUAAACCUAGCUCUCCAAGUUUUAUUCGGUGAGUUUUAACAUGGAACAUUACUAAAUACAUUAAUCUUGCCGCUAAGGGACCGUUCAUUAUUUAUACCAGGGGUUGGUACCGAAGAGAUUUGGGUUGGGCAAUCAAGUUUUUGACUAGCUCAUGGGUUGGGUAAAAAAAUUUAUGGCUGUUUGUCAGCUAUAAAAUAAAAUAGAAUAAGACCAAAAUUACCAUGCAUUGGAUAAUAUGAAGAAAAAUGUGUACAAUAUACAUUCUGUACCAAAAUAGACCAUCAGUGAUCGAGGAAGGACUCUAUCAUUGAUCAGCAGGAACAUGAUUGCUUUGGCAUACUCAGUGAGUUUGAGUGUGAGUGAGCUUUUAGAAUAUAGGCAACUUGAUUUCUGUCACCAUAAUCUUGUUUGUUUAAUAAUUAUGAAGUAUAGUAACACAUGGGUUGGGUAAACAUUAUUUUGACCAUUGUUGAGGUUGGGUAAAUAAAAAAUGUACAGUGUUUUUCUCUUCUCUUCGGUACCAACCCCAGGUAUAAAUAAUGAACGGUCCCUAAUUAAUCUAGCAUAGCACAUAAUGUUGUGCUCAUUGUAGUGGUAGUUGAGAUAUAGUAUUUUGAAUUUCUCGCAUGGUUCUGUGUGAAUAGCGAGAAGAACAAGGUUAAAGUCAUGACAAGUACUACAAGUACGGUACUUGACAAGUAGGGGUUAGAGGACAAAAAAUUGCCUGGAGUAAUGAAGGUUUCUAACAAAUGCAGCAAAGAUAGAUGUGUCAAAAGUUGCUGUGCAGCAAACUGUGGAAUGAUUCAGAAAAAUAAAUCCUAUUCCACUCUACGAAGGUCUAGGAGACCGGUACAUCAAAACAACUUCUUUGCGUAACAGAACUGCCAGUCUUCCAUUCAGGGCACAUGCAGCUAAUCUCCUUCUUUCUAUUGUGUUGCUAAUUGUUUUCUGUUGGAUAGUGUUAAUUAAGGAUUGAUUGAAUAUUAUCACCAAUCACAGGUUUGUUAUGCAAAGAAGUCAAUUCCUGCCAGAGGAACUAGUAUUGCAUUUUUUUUCAACCGUUCCUGGUCAUGUCUAAAAUAGUGUGUAUAUGUGAUCACUUGGAUUAUCUAUCCAUGCAUACCAGCUUAUAAAUUCCACCAAGUGAAGUGCGAAUCCCAGUUUUUCAAGUCCAUCUUUUGACACAUCUAUAUUUGCAGCAAAUUGCCUCGGUUUGAAACCCUCAUUACUCAGAGCAAUUAUUAGUUCUCUAACUCCUUUACUGAACUUUAGGUGCUCAUGCAUUUAGAGGAUUAUUUUAACUUCUGUCCUCAUUUAUUAUGGCCAAAAACAGAAUGAAAGGCGCGUGGGAGACAAUUGCAGAGCACAAUGCGCAUGUAAAGUGCUCCUACCAUUUUUUAAUCAUACCUUUCAACUAUAUUUCAAUCAUCAUCAGGAGUGAGUGACAACUAAAUGAUGAUUAAAGUUUUGCAUGAUUGAAACGUCAAGAUUAAAAAAGUUGUCUCUUUUCGGACUUGGCGAUGUUACGAGCUCUGAUAAAAUAUAACAAAAAGAAAUGUUUUAUGAAUCUGUGAGCACGUCGGAAAAUUUAAGGAAAAUGGAAAGUCCUUAAAUGAGAAUGUGUUAACCUUUACGUAGCAAUGCCAGAAGCGUAGCCAAGGCUGGGGCCCGGAGGGUCCGGCUCCCCUGGCAAAAUUUUUGCCCCCCUGAUAAAAUGUAUUGUAUAAAAAGGGAAUCCUGGAUUAUAUAGCUUCAUGCUGUCAAUAAUGCAAAAAUUCUGUAGAAUAUAUGCUUUGUUGCGCAUCGGUAUGAAACCUAAAAUCUUGUUCGCUUAUUUGCGGCACACAGCUUGAAACACAUACCUUUCUAACCCUAAUUAUUUCAAUACGUAUUAGAUGGUUAGAUGAAGUUUAAACUAGUCUUAAAUCAGGAAAAAUGCUAUGAAAGCAAUUGUAAUGUUAUUGUCCGGAAAUGCUUUUACCGAAAAAGCGGUCGACGGGGUGGGGGGGGGGGUAAUCCGAAAAGUUUUUCUUGUGCGAACUUUGCGUUUCGGGUCACUGCCGGCUUGGCUCCACCUGGGUUUUUGCUGGCCCCCCAGACCAAAAAUCCUGGCUAUGCCUCUGAGCAAUGCAAAUUGAUGUGCCCUACUUUAGUAUGUUACUGUCUAACGCCAGAGUAUUUUACUUUAAAGCCAGAUGAUUUUAUUUGUUAAUGGGUUGAUGUAUGUUAAUUUAGAUAUAAUACACAAGGUUCAAAAUUGAGGAAGGACAUCGAAAAAGAAAUAAAAGAUGACAACAGAAAGAAAACCCCACAGAAAACACAGAAGAAACGAGACACACUUGCAGAAAAGGGCAGAAAGUCUGUUGUUUCCAUUCCAGCUAAGAAACCAGCAGCUAAAAGGCGGCUACAGCUAUGUGAUAAUCCUACCUCGCCCAGUCAACAUCCCUCUGAUGGUUCUCCACCCAGUCAUCAUUCCUCUGAUAGUUCUCCACCCAGUCAUCAUUCCUCCAAUGAUUACCCAGACAGUCCUGAUUUGUUUAUCGAUUCCACGCACAGUCAUCCUUCUGAUGAGAUCCCAACACUUGAGCACCCAGAUGUUAGAGCAGAACCUCCAGAAGAGCUGGCUGUGCCAAAAGAAAUUCAAAGAAGCUCAAUUGCAAAAGUAGUUGAAAUCCAACCACUUCUUGCUCGGUUUCUGGACCACCUGUUAUCAGUGGAAGGAGGUCGCCGGGGGCCAAAACCAUCAAGAGAAGCCCAGUGGCGAGUUGGCCGACUUCUUUACGAAGUCGAUGAAACAUUAGCUAAUGUAAAUUUGUUGUGGAAUGAUGAUGCCAUGGUACACAUACGCCGUGCCUUUAUUGAAGGCAAUCACCUUUUAACAAAGCCUAGGAAAGUAGGCACCUUACGAGCUUAUCUUUCUGCUUUGUUAAUGUUUUACAACUUUUUGUUGACCAGAGCAUCAAGUUUGGCAAACGAGUUUUAG